GGAGGGCUGCACCCCCCGUGGGAUCUGGUUUCCAGAAUGGAGGAGCCACUGUCAAUGGAGAUGUCUUUCAGGAGUCCAACGGCCCCACGGAUGCCUACGCAGCCAUAGCCAAGGCCGACCGGCUGACCCAGGAACCUGAGAGCAUCCGCAAGUGGAGGGAGGAGCAGAAGAAGCGGCUGGAGGAGCUGGAUGCGGCAUCAAAGGUGACUGAGCAGGAGUGGCGUGAGAAGGCCAAGAAGGACCUGGAGGAGUGGAACCUGCGUCAGAAUGAGCAGAUGGAGAAGAACCGAGCGAACAACAGGAUCGCUGACAAAGCCUUUUACCAGCAGCCGGACGCCGAUGUGAUUGGCUAUGUGGCCUCGGAGGAAGCAUUCCUGAAGGAGUCCAAGGAGGAAACCCCAGGCUCCGAGUGGGAGAAGGUGGCCCAGCUCUGUGAUUUCAACCCCAAGAGCAGCAAGCAGAGCAAGGAUGUCUCACGGAUGCGCUCGGUGCUCAUCUCCCUCAAACAGACGCCCCUGUCCCGCUAGCUGCCGCCUGGCACGGCCAGGGGCCCAGCAGGGCAAGGCCAGGCUUAGCGAGCCGGGCGGCUUCGUGAGGCCAGCCCAGGAGGGGCCUCACCCUGCCUGCCCCCCGCUCCCUGGUGUGCACCUCGGCUGUGCUCGAGUCACUGGUUGUAACUCUCCCCACGGUUUUCCUUUGCUUAAAAGGUG